AUGCAAGCCCAGCUCGCGAGGCAGAGUGUCACCAAUCAACAAUCACAAUUGCUAAUCCACGAGUUGAUUAGUGUAUCUAUCUAUUGUGUGACGUUUUUGCGCGAUGUUUUUGAAGAAAACAACUAUAUUGACACCAAGUACUACAAUGAAAGGUACCCACGGCCAGAUGCCAAUUACAUCCGAACAAAGAGAUUGAGACCGGGUGUCACCAGAUAUGCUGAUCUGAUCAUCAAGAGUGUCGACGAGGGUAUAAAAGACUCAAUUGAAAAGGGGUAUUUAAAAGCAGUCCUGUUUGCAAUCCAAAUACCAGAGAAUAGCAAACUUGAUGUUUGUGAGAGCUACUUGUUUGGAGUGAACUACACUACCAACAGGGUACUGUUGUCAGUUGAUGAUAGGGAGAUGGAGUUUGAGGUUGUUGAGUAUGAUCAAAUCAUCAGUCAAAUCCAAGGUAUGGUUCGAAGAUUGAUUGUUAUGACACAAUCCUUUGAUGUAUUGCCUAGAGAGAAAACAAUUUUGAUCAAAUUGCUUUUCAACGACUCUUGUCCCAAGGAUUACCAACCACCGCAUUUUGAAGAUGCAACGGAUUUACCGCCUACUACAAUAAAGAUUGACAAACAACGAGGGAUAAAUGAUCUUGGUUCGAUUAACACUGGCAAAAACGAGGUAAAGUUGAGCGUACUUGUUGCAAACAAGAAUGGUGCAAACUCCACCCAUGUUGACCCCUUUGAUGUUUUGGACAAUUCAGAUGAUCCACUUGGUGAUGUUCCUGCAUCGUCAUUACAUUUGGAUAGUUUUUUAAAUACAGACAAGAAUGAAACGGCAGCCACGACACAGCAUGUGUCGCACAUUUCUCCAACUUGUCAAAAAUGUCAUACAGAAGUCAACAUUGUCGAGUACGGAUACAACAGGCCAUUAAAGAGACCAAUCAUUUGUACAAAAUGUAUGUUUGGGCUUGAAAUUGAUCCAGAUUUGAUUGUGUUGCAAAAAAUUAGGCUUUUAUGGGAUUAUCUUUAUCACCAUGAGUUUCCAAAUACUGCUGAAUUGUUGAAGUUGUCCAAUUUGACCGUGGAAAAUAUUGAUAUUAUUGCCCGUGCGUUGAACAACAUGUUUCAAGAGGGUGUGCUCGUAGUUUGCAAAGAGGGUCAAUUUGAUUCUGGAACUGCCAAGUAUCGUAUUGGUUCCGGAGAGUUUUCGCCAAUGGUUGAUGGAAUCGUUGAUAAUUAUGGCACACCUUUGGUCAAAGGCAGACAUUAUUUUGUUAUGUUUGCUCCCAAAUUGUGUGAAAAAUAUCCAUAUUUGUCAUAUGAUGAGUCAGUGGUUGAUGUGUAUUUCCCUAAUAUCCAACUACCAAGAAUCAAUUUCGUCAAACUCAACUUGAGAAAAUUCAAGGCUAGAACUUUGCAGAAGGAAACUCAGUUUAGUGCAAGGGUUGUGCGAACUGUGAUUCCCGACUCACAAGCAUCAACAGGAGUAGUCAGGCAACACUAUGGCGGAGACUAUAAGAUUCCUCGUAUAGUGGAUGAAGAAGAGACUGCUGAUGAGAGUAAGGAUGCCAUAGACAUCAAUGCUUCAUCUAUGGGAUAUACGACGCAAGAAAAAGUUGACAAGCCGAUGGCAGAAGCCACGAAACAGGUGAAGGAUCUUUCAUUUGCCGAUUCAAUUGAGUUCUUGUCACAAGAGCCGUUGCCUAUUGAGAUGGAGAAAGUGGUGCCACCAUCAUCGCUGCUGAAAAGAAGAGUGGAAUAUCAAUUGUCACAGCCGGUGCAGAAGAGGAGAAAAAUCAGCGUGAAUAAGAUGUAG